AUGGAUCGCUCUGGGGAAUUCUCCUUCAGGGGGUCAACGACACCUCACCGUCCAACACCACCAUUAGCCCUGUCCGAAUUCAUACGAGCUACGCCAUAUUCGGAUGACUACAGCUACGUAUACGAUGCGCCCGCGUCUAACCCAGACAUAGUGAAGGUUGGAUUUACAAGUCAAGAACAAAAGUCGCUGGGUAGCCAGGUGUUUCAAGUUCAGGCAGACCAACAAGAUGGCGCCUGUGAGAGCCCCGUCGACUCAACCACACGGACAGCCCCGACAGCAAGAACGGCUCCGGCGCAGACCCAGGAGCAACGCAAUACGCCUCCCACACCACAGGAGACCAGUAAUCCCGACUGGCUUUCCACAAGGCAACAACUCCUGCCAAGCCGAAAUCAAGGAAAGAAAGCAGACUGGAUCCGAGGGUGGAGCGAGGGUGUUGGCAUGGCUGAGACGUACUGCCAGUGCUCAGAGAUUAUGGAGGUGGAUGGGGGUGAAAAGGGUAGAAAGAAAGAGGCUGCUGAAAGGAACAAAAGCAAAGCACAGGGCUUUGGUCCGACGCCUAACGGCGAUGCGAGACAGGAGGCGGAAGAUGUAUGUUGGAAUUGUAGCAGGCCGCCAUCGCCGCCACCAGAAGAGGAUGGCAGUCGGGCUGGCAGCGAAAACAGCAAAAUGCGGCCAGGAUUGGGCUUCGGCAAGAAGGUUACGGACCUCUUGCGACGCGUCAAGCCGAAUAGGAUGAGCAGUGCGCAUAAAAGGGACGCGGAAAUCCGGGAGCUGACAAGACCAAAAAGCCAGCCAAAGUGGCUCUCCAACCAAAGGCUGGUCUCGACACCCACACCUAGGCCUGCGCAGAAAUCACUUAGCAUGGAUAUAUUUCCCGGACGCCGCCCUACCGCCCAAGCCGCGGUCAUCACGCCACCAUCUGAUUCCAGUCUCACAGACUCGUCCGCCGCUCCACGGCCCACCCCAGGAAGGAUGUCAUCCCGCUUGGCACGGGCAGCGGCGCUGCUACAACGCUCAAAGCCCAAUGAAUAG